GAGCCCGGGAGGCGGAGGGGCGGAGGAGGCGCGGGCGGCGGCACCGAGCGGCGGCGGCAGCAGCAGCAGCGGCGGCGGCGUAGGGAGCGGGCCCUCCGCACCCACUCCAAGGACCACAGGGGCGGUGGCAGCUUGAGGGACUCCAGGCUGGCGCGUUGAUGUGGAAGGACCCGCGCCCGACCCUGCUGCGCGUCGGAGGUCGCUGGGAUCCGGGCGCUGGCAGCCGCGAAGCCCCGGCCUCGGGACUGUCCGCCGCUAGCCCUUGUCAUCCCUACUCCGCUUUCGCUUCCCCGCUUUAGCCCGGAGGGGUGGUCUCCAAGGCUGCCCCCCCGACCCCGGCCCUCUCCUCGUCGUUUCUGGAGGGGGAUCCUCCCUCCGCGGCGCCGGGAGCCCAGUGACGCGUCGGUCGGCGGGACGGCUCGGCAGCUUCCCUGGGAAAUUCGUCCCGGCUUCCUCACUCCCCUCUGCGCUCCCGCCUCGGCGCCCCUUUUGGCUCGCGGGACGCUGCCUCCCCCGCUCUCGCAGAGAGUUCCCGGGACUCCCCCCCAGGGGGCUGGGUCGCAGCCACCCCUGUCUCUGUUCCCGAGCAGCGCGCGCGGGGCCCUCCGCCUCCGCCGCGGCCGGACACCCUCGCGCCCCGGGCCGGCGCGCCGCCCUCCAGCCCGCUCCCUCCAGUCACCCCACCCUUAUCGCCGUCCCCGCCACCUUACUCCACCACCCUCCCCGCGCAGCUCCGCGCCCUCCGCGGCCCGGCCCGGCCUCCCGCUCCUCUUCUCGCUCCAACAGCUCACUUGCCAGCCCUUCGCCCCCCGGGGAAAAAGAAACAUUUCUCGGAGCGCACUCGUCAGCCCAGCCUUCCCCCCACCCCGCCGCGCUCGCCCUCCCCUCCCCUGCCCCCCCGCUCUUUUCCAUCUUGGGGGAGGGGGGCCGUCGCCUGGGAUUGAAGGCCAUUGAUUUGUAUGUAUUUGUCCCGGCGCCGGAGGCUGCCCCAGCCGCCCGCGCGGGUGCCACCGCCGCCGCCGCCGCCGCCGGUGGAGUUGCCUCCCUGCUUCCCUAGGGUAGUUGGACUCCGCCAAACAUGUCGGCUCCUGUCGGGCCGCGGGGCCGCCCGGCUCCCACCCCGGCGGCCUCUCAGCCGCCUCUGCAGCCCGAGAUGCCCGACCUCAGCCACCUCACGGAGGAGGAGAGAAAAAUCAUCCUGGCCGUCAUGGAUCGGCAGAAGAAAGAAGAGGAGAAGGAGCAGUCGGUGCUCAAGGUCAAAGAAGAACACAAACCACAGACGACACAGUGGUUUCCCUUUAGUGGGAUCACUGAACUGGUAAAUAACGUUCUUCAGCCCCAGCAAAAACAACAAAAUGAAAAGGAGCCCCAGACAAAACUUCAUCAGCAGUUUGAAAUGUAUAAGGAGCAGGUAAAGAAGUUGGGAGAAGAAUCACAGCAGCAGCAAGAACAGAAGGGUGAUGCUCCAACCUGUGGCAUCUGCCACAAAACCAAGUUCGCUGACGGAUGUGGCCAUAACUGUUCAUAUUGCCAAACCAAGUUUUGUGCCCGUUGUGGAGGUCGAGUGUCCUUACGCUCAAACAAGGAGGACAAAGUGGUUAUGUGGGUAUGUAAUUUGUGCCGAAAACAACAAGAAAUCCUCACUAAAUCGGGAGCAUGGUUUUAUAAUAGUGGAUCUAAUACACCACAGCAACCUGAUCAAAAGGUUCUCAGAGGACUGCGGAAUGAGGAGGCGCCUCAGGAGAAGAAAGCAAAACUGCAUGAGCAGGCCCAGUUCCAAGGACCCUCAGGUGACUUAUCUGUACCUGCAGUGGAGAAAAGUCGAUCUCAUGGGCUCACAAGACAGGAUUCUAUUAAAAAUGGGUCAGGAGUGAAGCACCAAAUUGCCAGUGACGUAGCUUCAGACAGGAAAAGAAGUCCAUCAGUGUCCAGAGAUCAGAAUAGAAGAUACGACCAAAGGGAAGAAAGAGAAGAAUAUUCACAGUAUGCUACUUCGGACAGCGCAAUGCCUAGAUCUCCAUCAGAUUAUGCUGAUAGGAGGUCUCAACGUGAACCUCAGUUUUAUGAAGAGUCUGAUCAUAUAAAUUAUAGGGACUCCAACCGGAGAAGUCAUAGACAUUCCAAAGAAUAUAUUGUAGAUGACGAGGAUGUGGAGAGCAGAGAUGAAUAUGAAAGACAGAGGAGAGAGGAGGAAUACCAGGCACGCUAUCGAAGUGAUCCGAACUUGGCCCGUUAUCCAGUCAAGCCACAGCCCUAUGAAGAACAAAUGCGUAUCCAUGCCGAAGUGUCACGAGCCAGGCAUGAGAGAAGGCACAGUGAUGUUUCUUUGGCAAAUGCUGAACUGGAAGACUCCAGGAUUUCUAUGCUAAGGAUGGAACGACCAUCAAGGCAAAGAUCUAUAUCUGAACGUAGAGCUGCCAUGGAAAAUCAGCGAUCUUAUUCAAUGGAAAGAACUCGAGAGGCUCAGGGACCAAGUUCUUAUCCGCAAAGGACCACAAACCAUAGUCCUCCUACCCCCCGGAGGAGUCCAAUACCCAUUGAUAGACCAGACGUGAGACGCACUGACUCAUUAAGGAAACAACACCACUUAGAUCCUAGUUCUGCUGUGAGGAAAACGAAACGGGAAAAAAUGGAAACAAUGCUAAGGAAUGAUUCUCUUAGUUCUGACCAGUCAGAGUCAGUGAGACCUCCACCACCAAAGCCUCAUAAAUCAAAGAAAGGAGGUAAAAUGCGCCAGGUCUCAUUGAGCAGUUCAGAGGAGGAAUUAGCUUCUACACCUGAAUAUACGAGUUGCGAUGAUGUUGAGAUUGAAAGUGAGAGUGUAAGUGAAAAAGGAGAUGUGGAUCACAACUGGUUGGACCAUACGUCUUGGCAUAGCAGUGAGGCAUCCCCAAUGUCUUUGCACCCUGUGACGUGGCAGCCAUCUAAAGAUGGAGAUCGUUUAAUUGGUCGCAUUUUAUUAAAUAAGCGUUUAAAAGAUGGAAGUGUACCUCGAGAUUCAGGAGCGAUGCUUGGCUUGAAGGUUGUAGGAGGAAAGAUGACUGAAUCAGGUCGGCUUUGUGCUUUUAUAACCAAAGUUAAAAAAGGAAGUUUAGCUGAUACUGUAGGACAUCUUAGACCAGGUGAUGAAGUACUAGAAUGGAAUGGAAGAUUAUUGCAAGGAGCCACAUUUGAAGAAGUAUAUAACAUCAUCCUGGAAUCCAAACCUGAACCACAGGUGGAGCUUGUUGUUUCAAGGCCUAUUGGAGAUAUACCUAGAAUACCUGAUAGCACACACACACAACUGGAGUCCAGUUCUAGCUCAUUCGAAUCUCAAAAAAUGGAUCGUCCUUCUAUUUCCGUUACAUCUCCCAUGAGUCCUGGCAUGUUGAGGGAUGUUCCACAGUUCUUAUCUGGACAACUUUCAAUAAAACUGUGGUUUGACAAGGUUGGUCACCAAUUAAUAGUUACAAUUUUGGGAGCAAAAGACCUCCCUUCCAGGGAAGAUGGGAGGCCACGGAAUCCUUAUGUUAAAAUUUACUUUCUUCCAGACAGAAGUGACAAAAACAAGAGAAGAACUAAAACAGUGAAGAAAACUUUGGAACCCAAAUGGAACCAAACAUUUAUUUAUUCUCCAGUCCACCGAAGAGAAUUUCGGGAACGAAUGCUGGAGAUUACCCUUUGGGAUCAAGCUCGAGUACGAGAGGAAGAAAGUGAAUUCUUAGGAGAGAUUUUAAUUGAAUUAGAAACAGCAUUAUUAGAUGACGAGCCACAUUGGUACAAACUUCAGACUCAUGAUGUUUCCUCAUUGCCACUUCCCCAUCCUUCGCCAUAUAUGCCACGACGACAACUCCAUGGAGAGAGCCCAACACGGAGGUUGCAAAGAUCAAAGAGAAUAAGUGAUAGUGAGGUCUCUGAUUAUGACUGUGAUGAUGGAAUUGGUGUAGUAUCAGAUUAUCGACACAAUGGUCGAGAUCUUCAAAGCUCAACAUUGUCAGUGCCAGAACAAGUAAUGUCAUCAAACCACUGUUCACCAUCAGGGUCUCCGCACCGAGUAGAUGUUAUAGGAAGGACUAGAUCUUGGUCACCCAGUGUCCCUCCUCCACAGAGUCGAAAUGUGGAACAGGGACUUCGAGGGACACGCUCUGCUACAGGACAUUAUAAUACAGUUAGCCGAAUGGACAGACAUCGUGUCAUGGAUGACCAUUAUUCUCCAGAUAGAGACAGGGAUUGUGAAGCAGCAGAUAGACAGCCAUAUCACAGAUCCAGAUCAACAGAACAGCGGCCUCUCCCAGAGCGGACCUCCACCCGCUCCAGAUCCACUGAACGUCCUGAUACAAACCUCAUGAGGUCGAUGCCUUCAUUAAUGACUGGAAGAUCUGCCCCUCCUUCACCUGCCUUAUCGAGGUCUCAUCCUCGUACUGGGUCUGUCCAAACAAGCCCAUCAAGUACUCCAGUGGCAGGACGAAGGGGCCGACAACUCCCACAGCUUCCACCAAAGGGAACAUUGGAGAGAAAAGAAGUGGACGCCACAAGGAGAAGACAUGCAGGUGCUAUGGAUAUAGAGGAGAGAAAUCGCCAAAUGAAAAUUAACAAAUACAAACAGGUAGCCGGAUCAGAUCCCAGACUGGAACAAGAUUACCAUGCAAAGUAUCGAUCAGGAUGGGAUCCUCAUAGAGGGGCAGAUAAUAUUUCCACUAAAUCUUCGGACAGUGACGUAAGUGAUAUAUCUGCGGUUUCCAGGACUAGUAGUGCUUCUCGUUUCAGCAGCACAAGCUACAUGUCUGUCCAAUCAGAACGGCCAAGAGGAAACAAGAAAAUCAGUGUCUUUACAUCCAAAAUGCAAAGCAGACAAAUGGGCAUCUCAGGGAAGAACAUGACCAAAAGCACCAGCAUCAGCGGAGACAUGUGCUCACUGGGGAAGAACGAUGGCAGCCAGUCGGACACCGCAGUGGGUGCCUUGGGCACCAGCAGCAAAAAGCGCCGCUCUAGCAUUGGGGCCAAAAUGGUAGCUAUCGUUGGUCUUUCCCGGAAGAGCCGCAGUGCUUCUCAGCUCAGCCAAACAGAAACCGGAGGUAAAAAGCUACGGAGCACUGUCCAGAGAAGUACAGAAACAGGCUUGGCUGUGGAAAUGAGGAACUGGAUGACUCGACAAGCAAGCCGAGAAUCUACCGACGGCAGCAUGAACAGCUACAGCUCAGAAGGAAAUCUGAUCUUCCCUGGUGUCCGCUUGGCCUCGGAUAGCCAAUUCAGUGAUUUUCUGGAUGGCCUUGGCCCUGCCCAGCUAGUGGGGCGCCAAACUCUGGCCACACCCGCAAUGGGUGACAUUCAGGUAGGAAUGAUGGACAAAAAGGGACAGCUGGAGGUGGAAAUAAUCCGGGCCCGUGGCCUUGUUGUAAAACCAGGUUCCAAGACACUGCCAGCACCAUAUGUAAAGGUGUAUCUAUUAGAUAAUGGAGUCUGCAUAGCCAAAAAGAAAACAAAAGUGGCAAGAAAAACGCUGGAACCCCUUUACCAGCAACUAUUAUCUUUUGAAGAAAGUCCCCAAGGAAAGGUUUUACAGAUCAUUGUCUGGGGAGACUAUGGCCGCAUGGAUCACAAAUCCUUUAUGGGAGUGGCCCAGAUACUUUUAGAUGAACUGGAGCUAUCCAACAUGGUGAUUGGCUGGUUCAAACUCUUCCCCCCUUCCUCCCUAGUAGAUCCAACCUUGGCUCCUCUGACAAGAAGAGCUUCCCAAUCAUCUCUGGAAAGUUCAACUGGACCUUCUUACUCUCGUUCAUAGCAGCUGUAAAACUGUUGUCAUAGCAACCAGCGUUACAAAAAAAAAAAAUCACAGGUCGCAAACCCUGGUAACACUGCAUGCUUAAUGUUGUGUCUUCUGAGCCUGUUCCUAGGGAUACAAAGCGAUCCUGUGUUCUCAGAGGAAGUCGCACACAUUGUGCCCUACAGGAGGCCCUCAGGUGAAGGAGCGGAGUGAUGAAGAACGCUCAGGUUUGGGGUUCAGUAACACUCGAGUUUUGGUCCAAUCCGAAGCCAUGGAUUAAUAUCAAAGAAUCAGUCAGUUUCAUGCAACAAAAGCCCUUUUCAAUGGCACCUUUAUAUUUUUAUUGUUCCUUUUUCUUCAUUUCUCUGACCCCAAAGUCCUGUGAUGCCACAGAAAUGGAGCUAUCCAGCCAUUAAGCCAUGUUAUAAGUGAAGGACUGAAGUCCUGGGAAGCAUCAGGUGAAAAGCGAGAGACCAAAGACGAGGUCUAGGACAGAACGUCAGCCCUCCCCUGGACGGGACAGGAGGAGCCGGUCCAAAGUGACGACGUGGGCAGUGGCAGACCUCGGAGCUCCAGCAGGCAUGUCAUUCACUAAUGCCAAGAUGUGUUGGACUCUGAAAAACAAAAUUCUGUGGCUCCACUGUACUCAAUGAGAUUAAACUUUUUUUUGCAUGGACAGAUUAGCUGAAUAUUUAAAUUAUUUUCUUGGGGCUGCAACUUGCAAAAAAAAAAUAAAAAUCAGCCAUUUUCAACAAUUUAUAUUAUUUUUAAAAAAUAAAUUUCACUAGUGCAUGGUUUUAAAAAAGGGAGAGAAUGCAGCAGGGUGAUACAAAGACAUACCAUGUUUAUUCUUUAAUCACAGUCUGUGUUUUGGCAGACAUUACAGAAGAAAAUACUUUCUAGAAAAUACUUAAAAUUCUCUUUAUGUGACAAAUAAGUAUAAUGUAUUCAAUUUAUUUCCAUGGUAAAUAUCCAAAUCUUACAAAGUUCAAUAUGUGCAAAUUAUUCACAUCUUUCUUCCUUUCUCUCACUUUUCCUCUUCUCCCUCUUUUAAUCUUUUUAUUUUCUUUCUCCCUACUAGAGUGAACAUUAUGCUAAAAAAAAAAAAAUCACAAGUCUUUGACCCUUAUACCCCAUGUUCAAUUCAGAGCUGUAGAUGCUUCUGAAUUUCUCAAGGGGGAAAAAAACUAUUUAAGAGCUUUCUUUAUUUCAAGCAUGUUGAAAAGGAUUUUGCAACAUGACUUGGGAGUACAUUAAAGUAAGUCAGCAUGUGUUUGAUAAAGAAGAUAUUUGAACUUUUGCAAUUUAUUGUACAGUGCAUGGUAAUUUUAUUUUCACCUUCCAAGUUCAGUUUACAGGAAAAUCCUAAAAUCAUGUGGCCAUUGUAAUGUCUAAUAAAUUUGUUUUUAGCACCAGCAUUAUUCAUACAGGGGUUAAAGUAUUAUUUCUAGAAGGUUUUAAGUUUUGUUUUUAAUUAAUUAAAAGCAAUUUCUUUAGCCAGUUUCUGUUUACUAUGUGAAUAGAAGCACUGCUAAAAAUUUGGAGCCCUGAAAUACAGGGCAGUUUAUUAAUUCAUUUUUCUGUAGUAAAACUCAAUUUUUCACAAAUUAUAUUUCUAAAGAAACAUAGCAAACAUAAAUUUGCAACAGAUAAUUUUAAAGCUCCAAUUUUUAGGUAACUCAAAGAAAGUCAAUCUGCCUAUUAACAGUUCUUUGAUGCCAUCACCGAAAGUCUACACACAAAUGCCCUAAAAUCAAACCCCUGCCUUUAGUUUUACAGACAGUUAUUACCAUUGGGUGGUGCUGCAAGGUCAAAUUUCUCUUAAGUUCCCCUAUUUAGAGGAAAAGUCACUGAGUAAUGUAAUAAGCCACCCAUAGUUUCUGUUUCUUUCUGUACACCUUGAUAACAUGUUCUUAUAGUUUGAUUUUAACUUCUAGCAACAACUUUUGAAAUCUACAUACAUACCAUUUGUUUAAGUUAAUGCCAUGCACAAAAAUUGCUCUUUUGUGUUCCUUUUAAAUUCAGUGCUGACCAUUAAAAACUAUCAUGCUUGAUAUGGUGCAAAAGUUAAAAAUGAGUAUCACUAAAAAUGCCUUCUCUUUAUGUGGUGCAAUAUGAAAUACACCAAGGCUGUGUCUUGACAUUCUGAGACCUGCGAUGGACCCAGGUAAAGUUGCGAAAUAAACGAAUAAAACUAUUGAAAUAAUUUAGACUCUUGUGUACCAGCAACAAUUGAUUUAAUAGACCUAUAGCGUCUAUACUAUCCCUUAGAAUAAACGUUUAACAUUUUCCUGAUACUAAGAUGCAGUCACAUAAUCUUUUGUGCAUAUUCCUAUAUAAAUUAUUUCUAAUUUUAAUAAGAAGGACAUGACUGUAUGGAAUAUUUGUACAUACCUGUCAUUAUGCAGUAUUUAUUUUAAAGUUGGUGUUUUUUUUUUUAAUUUUCACAUGUCUGCACCUCAACUUGUGACCUAGUCAUGUAAAUAGCACUAUGCCAGUGACCAUUGCUGCCCUGUACAUAGUAUGUUUUAAAAGUGAAGGGAAUUCCAGUUGGAAAAAAAAUAAAAAGGGCAGAUUAGUCCUGUGAUGAACACCAACUAAUGGAAAACUCAAAUUCAUUCUGGUGAUGGUAUUUAACACUUUAAAUAAAACAUUUUCUUUACAGA